AUGCCAUCAAUCUCUUUAAUAUCCAAGAUCAAGUCAAAGGUCAAACAUCAAGGUGAAGUAGCAGCGUGCAAGAUCAAGGUCGACACCGCCGAAGCCCUCGGCGUGGCCGUACACGACACAACGCCUCUAGUAUCCCUCAAAGCGGAGGCUAGCGAGCUCUUCAAGAGUGGGGACAGUAAGGGUGCAAAGAGGGUUUACACCCGAGCUUUAGCUCAUACAGACCUCGACCCCCAUGAAAAGGCCGUGCUGUAUUGUAAUCGAGCCGCAGCUGAGAUGAAACUGCGGAGGUUUGAGGAUGCUAUUGCGGACUCUAAGCGGAGCGUCGAGGCAGAUCCAAAUUAUUCCCGCGGGUAUGAACGACUAGCCACAGCUCAAUUGGGUCUACAUCGAUAUAAUGAUGCAUACGAGUCUUACGGAAAGGCUAUUGCACUCCUGGACGACAUCUCUGAACCAACCUCGGCAGAUAUCGCGCGCAAAGUCAAGAUUGAGCAAGCUCUGGCUGAAGCGCAACGCAAGGAAGCCGGACCUGAUGUGUUGCUUAUUCGUAACGCGACUGGAAGUAUGCCUUGGGACAAGGCAGCAGCGCUGCGUCCGAGCAUGAACGCUUCGGACGGGACAUGCACGAGCGCCUGGAUUAUUCUCGAAGCACAUGAGCUUUUCAAUAAAGGUUGCGAGGCUCUUUGGGAGCUCCAAAGAACCGAGACUUCGGAAGGCACUGUUAUUUAUGGACGUCUUGGUGCUGUUGUUAAUAUUACAGAUGGACUUUUGCGAGAUGAGAGGGCGUUCCACAUGACAACCCCAGAUUGGAAGGAUCGUUACGGCUACCAGGCGCAAUACGAAGCUAUGGAGUAUAAUGCAUGGAUCAAUCAAGCUGACGAGGCUACCAUUAUGCGUGAAAUUCGCGAGCGCGUUGCUGGUCCCGGCUGGGAUAAUGUGCGACCUGCAUUAGAUUUGACCGUGCGUGCGUGGAUCAUGCACGCCUUCCUGCUGCGCUCGAUCCCCGACUAUAAUACCGCGGUGCACUUGUUGCAAAAGGUCCAGAGGUUCUUGACAUGGGGCGAUCACCAAUGGCCAGAUGUUCCGACUAGCCAACGUGGGGUUAUCUUUGAGCAUACGUUCCGCCGAAGUGUGAAACGUUUGUACUUGCAUACGCUUUAUCAAGCAAUUAUCAACAACCCAGGACCCAAUUCACCAUUCUCAUUGGCCGAGCUCAAGAAUACAUCUGCUGCUAUCCUUGAGGAUGUCGAACAGCACCCACCCGAAUCUGAAGACAAGGAAAAAUUGACUCCAGGAUACAUUGCCGCAUAUUGGCUCUACCCUACUGCUGAGGCUCUAAUCAUCGAUGGUUUCUAUCACAUGCAGUUGGCUCUCACUUCAGUUCCCGUCGACCCUGUCAAGCAAAAGGCGAAUUUCAGGCUGGCCUAUGAGAAAUACCUGUCUGGAGCUGAACGGUUCCCCAAGGACGACGAGAACCACGCUUAUUACCUCAAGAGCGCUCUGGAAUGCCUUAUGGAGAGCGGCGCCACAUUGACGGAGACGCUCCCACUCAUGGAGCGUGUGCGCAAGGCCACACCCCUCAUGAAAAACAUUUGGGAAACUUCUGGUAUGGCGCUGUGUGGCCGAGAUGCCGCGCUCCAAGCUGUCAUCUCCUUUGAGGAAGGCGUUCAGAAGCAGCUCAAAGAUGGCACGCUCACAAUGAACGACUCGGUUACAAUGCCCCAUUCGGGAAACCUCUAA